GCCGCAUUAACAAGGCAGUAACGAUGUUCAAUAUUCUGUUUUAAACCCCCGAUAAUAUUUUUGAAACCAUUAAUUCUCUGCAGAAAAUUUCAGAGCCAACUUUUUUCGUAUACUACCUAUAACUAUUAUUGAAGGUUGCACGAACUGCCAAUGGAGUUUCUGCAAUACCAAGUUUUGAAUAUAAUGCUCUCACUUUUUUGCUGGCCAUAUAUAUCGUCAUGAACACAAAUUAUUACCAGUAGAACUGUAGAAGUUCACCUUUUUCUGCCUUUGCCUUGUCGCUAGCCAAAGAAAAGAAGGCAUUCAUUCAAUGGAGACGUCAAUCACCCAGCCUCCCGCCACUGAAAUCGCAGAGCUAAAGCCCGAUGCUUUGCCUUUUGCUAGAUCUUAUCAGUUGGAAGCAUUGGAGAAAGCUAUCAAGCAGAACACGAUUGUGUUCUUGGAGACUGGUUCUGGAAAGACACUUAUAGCUAUCAUGCUCUUGCGCAGCUUUGCCCAUCUUCUCAGGAAGCCUUCUCCUUACAUUGCCGUCUUCUUGGUUCCUACUGUGGUCCUUGUUACUCAGCAAGGCGAGGCCAUAAAAAAGAAUACAGACUUGAAGGUAGGAAAGUUCUGGGGAGACAUGGGAGUUGAUUACUGGGAUGCAGCCACAUGGAAUCUUCACGUGGGGAAAAAUGAGGUGCUUAUCAUGACACCAGCAAUAUUGCUUGCUGCUUUAAGGCACAGCUUUCUGAAAAUUGACAUGAUAAAGCUUCUGAUAUUUGAUGAGUGCCACAAUGCAAGAGGCAAACAUCCUUAUUCGUGUAUUAUGACGGAAUUCUAUCAUUCCCAAAUACAAUCAAGAAAUGUGCAACUUCCAAGAGUUUUUGGGAUGACUGCUUCCCCUAUAAAGGGUAAAGGUUCAAGUACAGGAGAUAGUUACUGGAAGGACAUCCGUGGCCUGGAAAAUCUAAUGAAUUCAAAGGUCUAUACAUGUGCCAGUGAAUCAGUUUUAGCUGCGCACAUUCCAUUUCCUACUUCAAAGGUGGUACAUUACAAUGAUGAUGAGAUUCCUCAUGUGAUGUUCCAAAGCUUACGAAAUGACUUGCAUAGAUUGAAAGAUGAGUAUAUUAGUAAGCGUAAUCUAUCAGAACAUAUCGCUGAGACUGCAAGUAAAAGAAUAUCAAGACAUUUGUCAACUUUCUUAUAUUGUUUGACUGAGUUUGGUGUUUUCUUGGCGCUUAAGGCAGCUGAGUCCUUGUCCUGUAAAGACAAAGAAAUCUUUAAUUGGGACAAACUGGAUUUGCAUGCAGAAACUAUCGUCAGAGGUUUUAGUUUAGAUGCAGCUAAGAUCUUCUCAGCUCGGAUACCUUCUGGAGGAGCAGAGAUGUAUCUCAGUAAUGAUCUUCAAGAUGAUAAAGAUGCUAGAUAUCUGACUUCUAAAGUUGUGACUCUAGUAAAUACUCUUCUUGAAUACAGGAACUUGAAGGAUUUGAGAUGCAUAGUUUUUGUUGAGAGGGUUAUUACAGCGAUUGUCCUUCAUUCUCUAUUGAGUGAGCUACUUCCUAACCGAACUGGAUGGCAGACAAGAUACACAGCAGGAAAUGCAUCUGUAUUGCAAGCUCAAAAUAGGACGGUUCAGAAUGCAAUUGUUGAAGAAUUCCGGAAGGGAAUGAUCAACAUUAUCGUUGCAACAUCUAUUCUUGAAGAAGGCCUGGAUGUUCAAAGCUGCAAUCUCGUUAUCCGAUUUGACCCCCCUGUAACAGUUUGUAGCUUUAUCCAAUCACGUGGUCGUGCUCGAAUGCUCAACUCAACUUUUAUAUCAUUUGUUAGAAGUGGGGACAUCUCUACCCUUGUUCGAGUAAGAAAAUACCUUGCAAGUGUAGAUAUAAUGAGGAAGGAAUCCUUAUGUCAUGCUUCUCAGCCAUGUUCACCACUUCAUAGUGAACUGAUUGACGAAUAUUCAUACAAAGUAGAAGCUACGGGAGCAAUUGUUAACUUGAGAUCAAGUGUGUCCUUGCUUCACCUCUAUUGUGCAAGGCUACCUUCUGAUCAGUACUUCAAACCGGCUCCAAGGUAUGAUAUUGACAAAGAUACAAACACGUGCAUCCUCUAUCUCCCCAAAAGCUGCCAAAUACAGAAAGUUGAGGUUCAGGGAGAUGUCAAAAUCCUGAAGCAGCUGGCAUGUCUAGAAGCUUGCAAACAGCUUCAUCAAGUUGGUGCCUUGACAGAUAAUCUUGUUCCUGAUAUAAUGGAGGAAAAAGAUCACAUCCAAGACACAGUUGUGUAUUACAACGAUGAGCAACCAAGGUAUCAUCCACCUGAGUUGAUUGGCUGUCAUGGCAAUGAUUCUGAAACAGUAUUCUAUUGCUACUUAAUUGAGCUAUCUCAGUUCUCUUAUAAGGAUACUCAGCUUCAAAAUAUUAUCCUUGCUGUGAAGAUGAAGCUUGAGUUUGGUGAUGAGAAGUUGACUUUUGAACUGAAUGUUGGUGGGGAUAUCAGGGAGGUCAGGGAAGGCCAACUUUUGUAUGUUGGGAUGUUUAAGCUAACUCCCGAAAAGAUAAAGAGCUGCCGUAUGUUUCAAUUAGUUCUACUUAGUUCCCUUCUCCGAAAAGAUAUGAAUAAACUGGCUGGAGCUUUGGACAGAUUUUGUAAUACAGUUGGCUUUGCAAGCUUUGAUUAUCUUCUUCUGCCUUCCUCGGGCUCCAGUAGCAAACCUAUGGUUGAUUGGAGUGUAGUUCAUUCUGUCACAUUUCCUUCUGAAAAACCCAAGGACAAACAUAUUAAUGGCUGCUCUAUGCAUGGUUGUAGUCCUAUGCAUACAAAGUCUGGUUUGGUAUAUAGGUGUCAAUUGAAGAAUUCUCUCAUACACACUCCACAUAAUGGCUCUUUGUACUACAUUACUGGUAUUUUGCACCAUUUGAAUGGAGAUUCAACUUUGAAGUUGAGAAAAAGAAAACACGUAAGUUACAAAGACUACUUUAAAGACAGGCAUGGCAUUGACUUGCUCUAUGCGGAAGAAGCACUUCUUCAUGGGAUGUUUAUGCCUACGGUUCAAAACUAUUUAAAAAAACAUUGGGCUAAAAAGAGAAAAGAACCACAUAAUUUAACUGUAGAAGUGCCUCCAGAAUUUUGUUCAGUAAUAAUGUCCCCGCUUCCCUAUGAUAUAUUAUGUUCUUUCUCCUAUGUCCCAUCAAUUAUGCAUCGGAUAGAGUCGUUGCUACUUGCUCUGAAUUUGAAAAAAAUGCAUAUGGAUCACUGCCCGCAAGAUGUUAUGGUACCAACGUGUAAGAUCAUGGAAGCUACAACUUCCAAGAAAUGCGAAGAAAAUUUUCACUUGGAGUCUUUAGAGACAUUGGGAGACUCAUUUCUUAAAUAUGCUGCGAGUCAACAAUUAUUCGCAACCUGUCAAUAUGCCCAUGAGGGGCUUCUUAGUUUGAAAAAAGAAAAAUUGGUUUCAAAUGCUGUGUUGUGCAAGCUGGCAUGCACCAAAAAUAUUCCUGGAUUUAUUCGCACCGAACAGUUUGAUCCGAAAACAUGGGUCAUUCCAGGAGAUUAUUCUACAGACAAGAGCUAUGAGUUGGAGUUGGUAUCUCCUGCAAGGAAAAUGUACAACUUUGGACAUAGAACCAUGAAGAGUAAGAGAGUGGCAGAUGCGGUCGAGGCACUUAUAGGUGCAUAUCUUAGCACAGUUGGAGAAGCUGCUGCUUUGUCAUUCAUGUUAUGGCUUGGUUUAGACAUCCAGUAUGUGAGGAAUCCAGUACCAAGACACUUCCCUAUAAAUGCCCAAAAGUUCGUGAACGUGGAAUAUCUAGAAAACUUGCUUAAGUAUAAAUUCUGUGAUCCUUCUCUCCUUGUUGAGGCGCUGACUCAUGGCUCUUUCAUGCAAUCUGAAAUUCCACGAUGCUAUCAGCGUCUGGAGUUUAUAGGAGAUGCAGUGCUGGAUUAUGUGAUCACAGUCCACCUAUAUAAUAAACAUCCUGGACUGACUCCUGGAUUAUUAACUGACCUGAGGUCUUGUUCAGUCAACAAUGACUGCUAUGCUCUAUGCGCUGUUAAGGCUGGACUACAAAAGCAAGUUCUCUAUUUUUCCACCAUGCUUCAGAAGCAUAUUACAAACGCUGUUGAGUGUGUUGAAAAGUUGUGCAUUUCCUCGACUUUCGGAUGGGAAGUAGAUAUAAUCUUUCCAAAGGUACUAGGAGAUAUUAUUGAGUCGCUUGCAGGGGCAAUCCUUGUUGACUCUGGUUUCAACAAGGAUAAAGUUUAUGAAUGCAUAGUUCCUCUUUUGGAGCCUCUAGUUACUCCAGAAACCAUUACUUUCCAUCCGGUGAGAGAGUUAUAUGACUUGUGUAGAAGUAGAAAUUAUACAAUCAAGAAACCUUUCAUCACUCUUGAAGAUGGAGUUGCAUCCAUUACGAUCGAGGUAGAUGCAAAUGGUGUUAUUUACAAGGAGUCGUGCACAGCCCGUAAUAAAGUUGAAGCAAAGAAAUUGUGUUGCAGAAACAUUUUAAAGAAGCUGAAAGCCUAAAAGUGAAUGCAACAUGCCUUUGGAAGGGUAGGGGCGGGGGAUAGUGAAUAUGCACAAUAAACAUCUUAUUAGAUUUCAAAUUACAACAUAAUAUGUUGAUUAUUUGAGAUUGGCCUUGUAUCAUGCACUGAUACAUGUUAAAUUGUAUGCCAACCAAUCAGUUUACAAAAACAUCUUAAACUUUGGGAUUUUUUCUCUAUAUUUUGGUUUUUCUUCUUAGAGAUGAAAAACUCAACAGAGAAGCUUUUGUAUUAGAAGUUUGACAAGGUGUUAUAAUUGAUUGGUGGGUACAUCAUAUGAUAUUGAAUGUCAUGUAGAUACGGUCUAUCAUUUUUUGGAAUAUCAAGAAGAGAUAAUUCUG